UUAUAAACAUAUAUGGCAUGCAAAAUGUUUGAAGAAGGUUCAUUAUCUGAAGGUUCAUCUUUCAAUAUAAAUGACAAAGUUUAUGAUGAUUUCCAGAAAAUUAAUAUAGACAGUAUUAAUGAGAUUGCAGCUUCUCCUAUACUAAAAUCUAUAUUUUCUGGCGAGCAAUAUGACUAUGUGUACAAAGUUCUAGUACCUGAAUGUAUAAUUCGCUUGUUUGCUAGUGUACAGAAUUGGACAAGAGACAAAACUGAAAUCUUUUUAAAUUCUUACAUAUCUGAAAAGUAAGUUAACUUAAUGCUGCUUUAUUAAAUUAAAAGCUUGGGAGAACUUAAACCUUGAUUUGUUUGGAUUUUUGUAUAUAUAGUAUAUACCAUAUGGUUUCAUUUUUAUGUAGAGCUUCAAUUAGGUGACUUUUUAAAAUAUAAUUCUACUGACUAAUAAAUUUAAAAGUGAUAAUUUAAGCAUAAAUGUAUUUAAUUUAAAGUAUGAUAUUUUAAAUAUAAAAUUUAAGUGAUAAAGAACAUAUUUUACUUCAUACUUCAUUUAUACAAAUAGCAAAUUUAAAUAGCAAGGUGAAUGUUAAAUAACAAGGUGAAUGUUCUUAUUAUUAUUUAAUAAAUAAAUGAUAUUUAACUUUUAAUAUAUUUUAUUGUAGAAACAAGAAAGCUAAAGCUAAUUUAUGCAUAUCUGAAAAUGAAAGCCAUAAUAAUUCAGAAGAAGAAAGCAAACAAGAGUUAUCAGAGUUGUUACAAAUAAAACAAGCUACUAACUUAAAUCUUGUUCAUUGCAACCCUGAGAGAAAGUUUUAUCCACUUCGAAAAAAAAAUCCAUUUUAUUCACUCUCAAAUUCUUCUAAGGUAGCAAUUAACAAGCCACAAGUAUUUGAUAAUGAAAAAAACAAUUCAAAUCCGAAAGUGCACUUUUCAAAUGAUGAUUUUAGUACUGAUAUUGAUUUUAAUGUCGAGCCAAGAUCACUAAAAACUCAAUAUAUGAAACUUGAAAAUCAAACCUCUGAUGUUGUUUGCCAUGAAACACCAACUUUUUCUGUAGACAGUCCACAUGAACAGACAACUGCUAUUGAACUCAAUGAAAUGGUAUCAACUUUGAAAGAAAGAAGUUCAACACCUAAAAACUUUUCUUGUAAUGUUGCCUUUUUUGAACAAACAGAGUCUUCAGAAAACAAUAUGCUGGUAGAAAAAAAUUCUCUUCCUGGGCGUCACAAAAAUAGCAUUACUUAUCCUAAAAGAUGUCCUAUUCCUGGCUGUUUUAAGACAGUUGUAAAUUUACCUCGCCAUAUGAGAUCAAAAUUACCUGGACAUAAUAUUGAUAGUGCUACUGCAUCAAAAGCUACCACUAUUUUUAAUUUACGCAAAGAAUAUCCUAAAGCAGAAAUAACUAAAGUGCCCAGGCGCAAAAAAUAUUAUUAUCAAUGUUCGGUUAACAGUUGUUUUAGUGUUGUAGUAAAUAUAUCUGAUCAUUUUAGGAAAAACCAUCCUCAAAUAUUUAAUGAUUCUGAGAGAUAUCAAGUUCUCAAAUCUAAAGUAACUCGAAUGCUUUCAUCUCAGUUAUCAGAAAAAAUCCUUACAAGAAAAAGUCAAUCAUCUGAGUCAGAUUUUUCACCUGAGUCAGAAGUAGAAUUAGAUGAACUUUCCAAUUAUAGCUCCCCUAAAUUUGAUCUUAACGAAGAGUUAAGUGAAGAAAGCGGUGAGAGUGAUAGUGACUUUUUUGCUGAUAGUUCUGAAGAAGAAUCUGAUAAUCAAGUAGAAUGCAACGAUAAUUCCACGCUGCUUGUUUUAUCUGAAUUUAAAAAAUACCUUACUCGAUUUGAAGGUGGAAAAAAACCUGAUAAAUCUGCACAACAAUGUUUUAAACAAGUAAAGACAAUUUUUUCAUGUGUAGAUCCUGAUAUGAGUUCACUAAAUUCAUUAUUUGAUAUGACCUUGUUGCGGGAUAAAUGGCUGCCUUGGGCAAUGACUCCAGGACGUGGUAAAGUUCCAGGUAGAGGACAUUUACCUGGGACAAUUCGAUCGUAUAUAGGAUCUUUGAUUAAGUUUAUUGAGUUUAUAGUCAGGGAGAAAACUCUUCCUUGGUGCGGAAAAUUAAAUUUCAACUUUGAUGUUAAUUCGAGUAUUUUGCAAGCAAUAAUUUUAGAAUUAAGAAACUGGAGUGCUAGUUUCAAUGAUGAAGUAGAUGAACGUGAAUGGGAGAUUAUAGAGGAGAAUUUAGAAAACAUAAUAACUCCUGAAGAAAUCACUAAAGUUUACCAUUCUGAUACUGCCCAAGAAGCAAGAAAACUUUUAGAAAAUGUUUUUUCUGAAGAAGAUGUUACAAGAGAAUCUUUUGUAUUAGUAAGAGAUUACCUUGCAAGCGUUUGUUGUCUUAGAAAUGCAUCACGCGCUGGAAACUGCAUUAAUCUAACUUUAGGAGAGUUUUUAAAUGGGAAAGUUAAUCCAAAUACCUCUGAUGUUGUUAUAAAUGUUAAAGCACACAAAACUAAGCGAAAAUAUGGCCCAGCUCAAAUAGUUCUGAGUUCUCAAAUAUAUAAGCAUAUGCGUUUGUAUAUGAAUAUAUAUAGAAGUGAAGUUGCCAAAAGAAAUGGGGAAGAUGCUACAAUUACAUCUCAAAGCUUUUUUGUAACAUGGUCUUUCAAAAAGCUUCAAGGAUUUUCUAAGCAACUUGAUUCGUUUUGGAAAAAAGCUUUAAAAACAAAUCGGGAAUGUCCUGUGUCCGCUACCUUAGCGAGAAAAAGUGUUACAACUAUGUUUCAUAGUAAAGAGGACAUAACACUUGAAAAAAAAGAAAAUUUAGCAAAGCAUAUGAAGCAUAAAUUAGAAACAGCAUCUAAACAUUAUAAUCUUGUUAAAAAUAUGAAGAGCGCUGAAGGACUAACUAAUGAAAUUGAUAAUGAAAUCUUUCAUUCAAAUAAAGUUCCACUGCCUGGUAAAUGCUUUGAGCCAGUGGAGGGAAAUCAAACAAUUGACAUUGAUGUUACUGCUAAUGACUCCUCCUACAAAACAUUUAAAAGUUGGACUGAGUUGGAAGUUGCAGAAGUAAAACGACUUUUUCUUAAUUUUGAAUUCAAUGGACUGUAUAUUCCAACCAUUAGAAGAUUAAUUAACAAUAACGAGCUAUUAAAACAUAAAAGGCCAAAAGCUAUUUAUGAUAAAUUAUUAAGCUUAAAAAAGAAAAAUUUAGAUGAAGGUAAACAAGGAAAAGUUAUACCUAUGUCUUAUGAUGAUGUUAAACACCUCAACAGAAUUUUCAAAAGUAUAGUGUUUAAUAAUCGAGUUGUUUCAGAAAAAAUUGUUAAAAGUGUUCUUUCUGAAACACCUCUUGGGAUGACAUUAUUAGAAAAGUAUGGUAUAAAUCGUAUAAUUAACAAAAUACGAUAUGAAAAAAACAGAAAAAAUAUGAAAAAGUUUGUUGGUAUUUAAUUUUAGCUAACAUUUUUGUUAUUCUUGUU